CCCUGUUGUAUUCCUCAAUUGGAAUAAUUACCUCACUAACUCAGAUACCUCCGACAAGUUUUGUGUAUACACAGACAGACUCAACUGGUACGAUUCAUCGUGUGAGUCGGAGUUUGGGUACAUGUGCAAGAAGAAAAGUCACGAGACACCUGACAGCACACCUGACAGCACACCUGACAGCACUCAGACCGCUAGUGUCAGUGACGAUGGCUUGACAUGUCCUGACAAAUUUGUCAGUGUUGCAGGCAGUAGUAAAUGCUACUACAUCAGAGGGACCAACAGCACAAGGUGGGGCUGGAACAGUGUUAAAACUGCUUGCAGUAAAUUAAGUUCUGACAGGUCGACACAUUUUGGUGUGAUAAGUAACCAGCUAGAGCAAGAUGCUGUAACUUUGUUACUGCGAGAUUCAAGCAACGACGUGUGGAUCGAUAUGUCCAGUUCGUUUAUGAACAGUUUCAGAUGGACAGACAAGUCUGAUGUGACCUACGUCAACUGGGCCAAAAGGGAGCCUGGUUUUAUCCACUCAUACGACACAUAUUUACACAAAUUCUGUGUCAGAAUGAUACGAAAAAGCAAUAAUAAACAUGAGAUCGGCAGAUGGAAGGUGUCGACAUGCUCACAGAAACUUGGGUACCUGUGUCAGGGGAGAAAAGUUCCAGGACCAAGCCCAAGCCCCCAGCCCACAUCACUGUGCCCCACGGGUUUCCUGACCUACACAACAAACUGUUUCUCAAUCAUCAACGAACCAAAACAGUGGGGCGAUGCCAGAAAGUCGUGCCAAAAUUUAGGCGGAGAUUUGGCCUCAAUUUUAGACGUCUUCGAGGCAGCCUUUAUCAACAUCCACCUGAACCGCAUGAAGGUCAACACCAAAGUCUGGAUUGGGAUGAGCUACCAUCUGGUGGAAGAUAGUUCUAUGACGGGUGAAAAUAACCACGAGUCUUCCUAUGUGUGGAGCGACACCUGGCCAGUCCACUACACCUCCUGGUCACCUGGACGUCCGCAGAGAUUUGAUGCCAACACCUGUGUGGCUGUGGAGAACCACAUGUGGACAGACCAGUCCUGUAGUGAGGCUCUGCCUUUUGUGUGCCAAAUCAGAUCAAGUUCACCUAUGUUAGAUCAGAAAGAUGAGAUCAGCUGCGGCGACCACAAAAAACACCUGUUUGGUCAGUCCUGCUAUUACCUGGAGCUAGGAGAGGUCGUGACGUGGGCCGAGGCGCUCUUGAAAUGCCAGACAAUGGACAUGCAGCUGGCCAGCCUCCACAGUCCAGAGGAGAUCAACUUCAUCCAGAGACAGCUGGUAGCACUCAGCCAGGAAGACGAACCACAUUCCUUAUACGGCAAUAAUUUCUUUUGGAUUGGACUGAACAAAAUCUUCGGUAACCUAACGUGGGCAGACAAGACACCUGUUGACUACCUGAACUGGAACACAUCUCUGGCCCCUAACAAAGCGCUGGCACACGCCAGCAUGAAGAAGAUAGACUGUGUCAAAAUGUGGAAGGGCACCGGCACAUGGAGCUUGUCUGGGUGUUUCUCUGAGAUGUGUGGAUACCUGUGUAAAUCAAACAGAUCCCCACAAGUCCAACGUUAG